AUGUCAAAAAGAAAAAUUGAUUGUGACAUUAAAACCUUUGUAGAAUCCCAUCAUUUUACAAAAACACCAAAGACUAGGAUUUCCUUUGUAGAUGGGGCAAAUCUAUAUUUUAAAAGUGAUGUUUGGCCGUUUGAAUCAAAACAAGAUCAGAUAGAAAUAAAACAACAACAUUUAGAACAACAACAACAACAACAACAAAAACAAAAACAAAAACAAAUUGGAUUUCUUACUGAAACUUUAAACAAAGAUGGAGUUGAUUUUAAUAAUUCUUUGGGUGAUGCAAUAAACAAGUUAAAAUCAGCUGUUACAAAUACAGAUAACCACUCAUUAAAAAAUGAAUUCAUUUCUAGAAUACAUACUCUUAGAAAUGACAUUGAUUCAUCGAGUGCCGAAAAGAAUAAACCAUACUAUGUAGGUGUUGCAGUGGACGAAAUUGAUAUUCUCAAAGGAUUGUACAACGAUGUCCAUGGAUCAAGAUUAAUUGGACUUUGUAAUGGAUAUGUCGAUGAUGAAAAUAUUAAAGAAGAAUGGUUUACUAAAGAUUAUGUUUCUGCAAAUCUUGCUUAA